CCCCGAUUCGCGCGUGUCGCUAAAGGGGCGGGACAGCGAGGCGCCGGGCCCAGGGUACGGCCUGUGCGGGGACCUAUGGAGCCGCCUACUAGUUGGGGUCGUGAUGCUCCGCUCCAGCCCUCCCGAGUCUAGGGCGGCCUCUCCACCUUACAUGAAAUGAAGGGGGGAGCUCCCUAGUUCAACAAACUGUUUAAGGAAGAGGACUGCUUUGUACAGGGAAAUCUUCAUUACCUUCCAGUAACUGGAUCAGAAGAUGAACCCACCUAAUCCUUUCAGCGGGCAGCAGCCUAGUGCUUUUUUAACAUCUUCCAGUAGUUCCAUAGGAACAGCUCAGGCUAAGCAACCCUUUCGAUUUGGUCAGCCUUCUCUUUUUGGACAAAACAACACAGUAUCUGGGAAAAGCUCAGGAUUUUCACAGAUAUCUAGCUUUCCAACGUCUGGAGUAGGUCACUCUUCUUCAGCACAAACAUUAGGAUUCUCCCAAACCUCAAAUGUUGGACUCUUUUCUGGACUUGAACACACUCCAUCCUUUCUAUCUGCCUCUGGGCCUUCAAGUUCAUGUGUGCCUGGAAACCCAGGAUUUACUUUUAAAUCACCCAACCUUGGGGCUUUCCCAAGUACUUCUACUUUUGCACCAGAAACUGGAGAAGUAGCAAGCUAUGGUUUGGGGAAAACAGAGUUCAGCUUUAAAUCUCUGGAAAAUUCAGUGUUCAGACCAAUAUUGGGGGCUGAAUCUGAGCCAGAGAAAACUCAAAGCCAAAUUACUUCCGGAUUUUUCACAUUUUCCCAACCAAUUAGUAGUGGACCUGGAGGACAGGCUCCAUUUUCUUUUACACAGGUGACAAGUUCAGCUACUAAAUCAAAUUUUACCUUUUCGAAACCAGUUGAUAGUAGUAAUUCAUCAUCACCCUUUGCCCUUGCUUUGUCAAGUCAAAAUGUGGAGGAAGAGAAGAAAGGCCCUAAAUCACUAUUUGGAAGUCUUAAUAGUAGCUUCACUAGCUUCCCCACAUCUUCUUCAGGAUCAUUGGGGGAACCCUUCCCAGUUAGCAAAACAGGUGCCAGACAAGGCUGUGAAGAAACUGUUUCCCAAGUGGAGCCACUUUGCAGCUUCAUGAAGGGACUGAAAAGGAAGGAGGAUCAGGAUCGCUCCCCAAGGAGAUACGGCCACGACGCAGUGGAAGACCUGGACCCUCUCUCGAGGGGUGAUCAUCCUCCCGAUAAGCGGCCGGUCCGCCUGAAUCGGCCCCGGGGAGGUACUCUGUUUGGUCGGACCAUACAGGAUGUUUUCAAAAGCAAUAAAGAAGUCAGUCGUCUGGGCAACAAGGAAUCUAGAAAAGAAAUUGGCUGUGCCGAGUCUGGGGAAAAUGAUCACAUGGCCAUACCAGGAGGGAGUCAGUCUGUUCUGGCAGCUUCCCGGCUUCCAGGUGUGAAAGAGGAAGAAACCGAAAGAGAUAAAAAAGAAGAUUUUUUAAGAGGAACUCCUGGGCGUCAGAAUAAAAGAAGUGAGAGCACAGACAGUCUUGGGGGCUUCUCUCCCUCUGAAGUCACAGCGAUCCAGUGCAAGAACAUUCCCGACCGUCUCAACAACAGGACCUUUCUGGAGAAACACUUUGGCAAAAUUGCUAAAGUGCAGCGCACUUACAGCAGGCGCAACAAACACCUCGCGGUGGUGUAUUUCUUUGAUCAUGCUUCUGCAGCCCUGGCCAGGAAGAAGGGGAAAAAAGGUUUGCCUGAAGAAACGUCUAUCUUUUGGCACAAGAAGAAAAUGAGUCCCAACAAGAAACCUUUUUCCCUCAAGGAGAAGAAACCAGGUGAGGGUGAGGCUGGCCAGGGCACCGAGGACACAUCCUUUCAGCACUCCCCUCUUGGCAAGCCCAUGGGGAGGACUACAGUCGGCAGCCUCAUGAAUAAAAGCUCUCCAGUGAAGAAGUCAGGCCUUCUGAAGGCCCACCUGUUUGAAGGAGACUCUUUUGACUCGGGCUCUGAGAGUUCUGAGAGUCCUGGGCUGUGUGUGUCCUCCCUCAGUGCGCUGAUAGGCACUGUGGCCGAAACGUCUGAGGAAAAGUACCGCCUGCUUGACCAGAGGGACAGAAUCAUGAGGCAAGCUCGGGUGAAAAGAACCGAUCUGGACAAAGCAAGGACGUUUGUUGGGACGUGCCCUGACAUGUGUCCUGAGAAGGAGCGGUACAUGCGGGAGACCCGGAGCCAGCUGAGUGUAUUUGAAGUGAUCCCAGGAACUGACCAGGUGGACCACGCGGCAGCUGUCAAGGAGUACAGUCGCUCCUCAGCCGACCAGGAGGAGCCCCUGUCACAUGAGCUGCGGCCCUCAGCAGUGCUCAGCAGGACCAUGGAUUACCUGGUGACCCAGAUUAUGGACCAGAAGGAGGGCAGCCUGCGGGACUGGUAUGACUUCCUGUGGAACCGCACACGGGGCAUACGGAAGGACAUCACGCAGCAGCACCUGUGUGAUCCCAUGACGGUGUCCCUGAUUGAGAAGUGUGCCCGGCUUCAUAUCCACUGUGCUCACUUCAUGUGCGAGGAGCCCAUGUCCUCCUUUGAUGCCAAGAUCAACAAUGAGAACAUGACCAAGUGCCUUCAGAGUCUGAAGGAGAUGUACCAAGACCUGAGGAACAAGGGCGUGUUCUGUGUCAGCGAAGCUGAGUUCCAGGGCUACAAUGUGCUGCUCAAUCUCAACAAGGGGGACAUCCUAAGAGAAGUACAACAGUUCCAUCCGGCUGUUAGAAACUCCUCUGAGGUGAAAUUUGCUGUUCAGGCUUUUGCUGCAUUGAACAGUAAUAAUUUUGUGAGAUUUUUCAAACUGGUCCAGUCAGCUUCUUAUUUGAACGCUUGUCUUUUACAUUGCUACUUUAAUCAGAUCCGCAAGGAUGCUCUCCGGGCACUCAACAUCGCCUAUACUGUGAGCACCCAACGAUCCACCAUCUUUCCCCUGGACAGCGUGGUGCGCAUGCUGCUCUUCAGAGAUUGCGAAGAGGCCACAGACUUCCUCAACUACCAUGGUCUCACUGUUUCCGAUGGCUGUGUCGAGCUGAACCGGUCCUCGUUCUUGGAACCAGAAGGGUUAUUGAAGGCCAGGAAGUCGGUGUUUAUCACCAGGAAGCUGAUGGUGUCGGUUGGGGAAAUUGUGAAUGGGGGGCCGUUGCCCCCUGUCCCUCGUCAUACCCCCAUGUGCAGCUUCAACUCCCAGAACAAGUUCGUCGGGGAGAGCCUGGCCGCGGAGCUGUCCGUGGGCCCUCAGAGACCCGGCUUGGAUGCAGCAGGUGUGGGGAGAGGAGAGGAAUGUGGUACCGAGGCGGACGCGUCCCCGCCUACCCUCCUCCCGCAGCCUCUUCCCAUCUUGGCCCCUGCACUGCCCUAUCUGCCGCACCACCCAGCAGCCACCCCGAGUGCGGCACCCGGCCUCUUCCAACCCCCCAUGCUACCCCCUGUGCAGCCGGAGCUUCUUCCUGCAAAGCCUGAGCCUGUGUACUCUGACGCGGACCUGGCGCUGGUCGUGGACGAGCUCAUCCAGGAGGUUCUUCAGAGGGACUGUGAGGAGGUUGGUGCCGCUGGGGCGGCCUUCGCAGCCACAGCUCUGGGUGUUUCCAGUGCUGCUGUGGAGGAGUUGUUAACAGCUGCUACCACAGGCAUUUUGAGGCACAUUGCAGCUGAAGAAAUGACUAAGGAAAGGGAGCGAAAAGAGGAGGAGAGGCGGCAGGCUGAAGAGGAGAGAUUGAAACAAGAAAGAGAACUGGUGUUAACUCAGAUGAGUCAGGGCCUGGCUGCAGAGCUGACAGAGCUGGUGGUGAUGGAAUGUGUGAGGGAAACCUGCUCCCAGGAGUUGAAGAGUGCAGUGGAGACAGACCAGAAGGUCCGCAUGGCCCGCUGCUGUGAGGAAGUCUGUGCCCACCUGGUGGGCUUGUUUCUUGGCGAGGAAAUUUUCCAGACUGCAAAGGAGACCCUCCAGGAACUUCAGUGCUACUGCAAGUAUCUUCAGAGGUGGAGGGAAGCAGUCGCAGCCCGGAAGAAGCUGAGGCGCCAGAUGCGGGCCUUCCCUGCAGCGCCCUGCUGUGUGGAUGUGAAUGACCGGCUGAUGGCACUGGUGCCCAGUGCAGAGUGUCCCAUUGCUGAGGAGAACUUGGCCAAGGGCCUCCUGGACCUUGGCCACGCCGGGAAAGUGGGCAUCUCCUGCACCAGGCUAAGGUGGCUCAGGAACAAGACAACGCACCAGUUGAAGGUCCAGCACUUCCACCAGCAGCUACUGAGUGAUGCAGCGUGGGCGCCCCUGGACCUGCCAUCCCUCGUGACUGAGCACCUCCCUGGUAGCAGGGAGCAUGCGUUUUGGAAGCUGGUGCUGGUGUUGCCCAACUACGGAGAAGAGCAGUCCCCAUGGAGUCCUGGCAGAAUUCUGGCAGAUUGGUUGAAAGUCAAGUUCAUGGGAGGUGAUGGCUCGGAUGACACAUGCAGUGAUGCUGGUGGAAUUCAGACACUCACGCUGUUUAACACACUCGGCACCAAAGGGAAUCAGGCAGUUUCUGUCAGCGUGUGUAUAAAGGUAGCCUACGGUGCUCUCAGUGACGGUGCCCUGGAUGCCGUGGAGACACAGAAGGAGCUCCUGGGAGCCAGUGGCCUCAUGCUGCUGCUUGCCCCCAAAACGAAGAGCGAGGACAUUGCAGAGGAGGACGUAUACUGGCUGUCGGCACUGCUGCAGCUCAAGCAACUCCUGCAGGCCAAGCCCUUCCAGCCUGCAUUGCCGCUGGUGGUGCUCGCACCCAGCCUGGGAGGGGUCGCUGUGGAGAAGGAAGUGGAUGAUGGUCUGAUGCUACAGGAUUUGGUUUCAGCUAAGCUGAUUUCGGAUUAUAUCAUUAUUGAAAUUCCUGAGUCCAUUAAUGAUUUACAAGGCACAAAUAAGGUUUCCCUGGCCGUGCAGUGGCUGGUCUCCCACUGCCCCCGUGCCCUUGACCUUUGCUGCCAGACCCUCAUUCAGUAUGUGGAAGAUGGGGUUGGCCGUGAGUUUAGCGGCCGGUUUUUCCAUGACAGAAGAGAGAGGCGGCUGGGCGGCCUGGCCUCGCAGGAACCUGGUGCCAUCAUCGAGCUAUUCAACAGUGUUCUGCACUUCCUCGCCUCCGUGGUGUCCUCUGAGCAGCUCUGCGACCUGUCCUGGCCCAUCACCGAGUUUGCUGAGGCAGGGGGCAGCCGGCUGCUUCCUCACCUUCACUGGAAUUCCCCGGAGCACCUGGCCUGGCUGAAACAGGCCGUGCUGGGCUUUCAGCUCCCGCAGAUGGACCUUCCACCCCCGGGGGCUCCCUGGCUUCCUGUGUGCUCCAUGGUUAUCCAGUAUGCCUCCCAGAUCCCCAGCUCUUGCCAGACGCAGCCCGUCCUCCAGUCCCAGGUGGAGAGCCUGCUCCGAAGAACUUAUGUCAGGUGGAAGAGCCAGAACCCCUCCCCUGGCUGGGAGGCGGGGCCCUCAGUUGCUGAGAUCCCGUGGGACGACGUCAUUGCCUUGUGUAUCAACCACAAGCUGAGGGACUGGACGCCCCCUAGGCUUCCUGUCACAUCAGAGGCACUGAGUGAAGAUGGUCAAAUAUGUGUAUAUUUUUUUAAAAACCAUUUGAAGACAUAUGAUGUUCCUAUGUCGUGGGAACAAGCCAGAAUGCAGACGCAGAAGGACCUUCAGCUGCAUCAGGGGUGCUUGGAAACAAAGACUUUUCAUCCUUCUGCAAACAAGUUUCCCACUCCGUUCCUUCACGUGCACCGAAAAGGGAAGAGGAGUGCAGAGUGUGGCCGAGAGGGGCCGGUUCCCAGCACGGAGGACCUGAUGCGCGGAGCCUCUGCCCAGGAGCUCCUGGCCCAGUGUCUGUCCAGCAGUCUUCUACUGGAAAAAGAGGAGAGCAAGAGAUUUGAAGAUCAACUUCAGCAGUUGUUGUCUGAAGACUCAGGAACGUUUACAGAUUCAACUUCCCUUCCCCUCUACCUUCCUCAGACUCUGGUGUCUCUGCCUCAGACUAUCCAACCUGUGAUUAAAACAUCCACAACUACUAGCCCACAGAAUGGAAUUGAAACAUGCUGAAGAGUUGAACAAAACCCACCACUGUGUGCUGACAUUCAAUAAGGGCUUGAGGAGAAUAGCAGGUGAUGAUAGUGUCUUCUGUUUAUGGAGCACAUACUGUGCCAGCUGUGGCAUCACCCACACCUUUCUUUCUGGGAUUACCUUUCCCUGAGCAGGUUAAGUUCACAAAAGUCAAGGACCUCAUCCAAGUUUGUUCAGCUGGUCAGCGGCAGAGCUGCUUUUCAAAGCCAGACUUGACUUGCUCCAAAGAUUAGAUCUUUCUACCUCACUAUCUUUGCUUCAGUGGUAGAAGAAGCAAAACCAGAGUUUUAAUCAUAGUUAUUUAGUUAAUGCUGGACAGGUAAAAGGUAUGUUCUUGGGCUGGCUUUAGGAAGUCCUUCAAUGGGGAGGGAAAGUAAAUUAAGACAUACUGUUUCUAUUUAUCAGUUUGGCAGACAACUUAAAAAUAUUUGUAACCUUUGACCUAAUAAUUCUGCCCUAAAGAAAUUACUGUCUAUGAACAAAUUAAU